CACACACUUGCUCCUCUCCCCGUGUCCGCUCGUUUGCUCCGGCGUCGCGUGUCCGCGUGCUCCUCUCCUCUUCACGAAAAACUCUCCGCAACACCACCACGCCGGAAAAUUCCCAAGUCCACACUCCUCAUCUCUCUCUCUCGCUCGCUCGAUUAGCUCGGUUCCAAGCCGAGCAGGAGCGACGCGAGCGAGCAUGGCGGCGUCGGCGUCGGCGUCGGCGCUGCAGGCCGAGCGGUGCCUCCUCGUCGGGGUCGGGGCGGGGCCCCGGCGGCACCGGCUCCCCCUCCGCAUGCCCCCGCCACUGCACGCGCCGCCGGCUCUGCUCCUUCUCCCGCACCGGCGUCGCCGCCGAUGGCCCCCGGCCGUGAGGGCCUCUCCCGGCGAAGGCGGGGGAGGCGGAGGCGGAGGUGGUGGUGGUGGUGGUCUCGCGGGCGCCCUGGAGAAGCGUCCGGUUAUGGGGGUGGUGGCGGAGGAGGAGGAUGGGGAGGAGAGGGGAGCGAAGGUGGUAGAGGAGGGGGAGGGGGAUGUGGCGGCGGCGGCGGCGUUGGAGAUGAGGUGGCCGCCGUGGGAGGGACUGGCCGAGCGGUACAAGCUCAUCGGCGCCACCUCGCUCGCUUUCGUCAUUUGUAACAUGGACAAGGUUAACUUGAGUGUUGCAAUUAUACCAAUGUCACACCAGUAUGGUUGGAACUCAUCGACUGCUGGAUUAGUCCAAUCGUCAUUCUUUUGGGGUUAUGCUUUGAGUCAACUGCCAGGUGGAUGGCUAGCAAAAUUGUUUGGCGGAAGGAGAGUACUUGAGAUUGGAGUUGUGGCUUGGUCUUUGGCAACUGCCAUUAUCCCUGCUGUAGCAGGGUUUAUGCCAGGGCUUGUGUUGUCAAGGAUUCUGGUAGGUAUUGGAGAAGGUGUAUCACCAUCAGCUGCUACAGAUUUGAUUGCAAGGUCCAUCCCUGUUCAAGAACGAUCAAGAGCAGUUGCUGUUGUGUUUGGUGGUUUGAGCUUUGGAAGCGUAUUAGGACUAUUGUUCGCCCCACCUAUUAUUCAGAACCUUGGCUGGGAAUCUGUCUUUUACAUAUUUGGACUUCUUGGAAUUAUUUGGUGUCUAGGGUUUCAAUCUCUUAAAGAACAACAGUUAAGGGGCAAUGAAGAUAUACAAGUAAUACAAGAUUUGGGGCAGAGUCCUUCUGGAUCAAGUGACCUCAUCUCGUCCUCUGUGUCUCCAAAAUCAUCGGAGUCAUCAUUGGGAGAGCUGAUGAAUUCACUAAAGGAUGUUCCUUGGAGAGAAUUUUUCAAAAGCAAGGCAGUGUGGGCAAUGAUAUAUGCUCACUUUUGUGGAAGCUGGGGGCACUAUACUUGCUUGUCUUGGCUACCAACAUUCUUUAGUGAGGAGCUGGACCUGAAUUUGACUGAAGCAGCAUGGGUGUCAGUCCUUCCUCCUUUGGGCUCAAUGAUCAUUACAUCUAUUGCUGCACCUUUUGCAGACAACUUGAUAUCAAAUGGAGUAGACACCACAAAGGUACGAAAGAUAUGUCAAACAAUUGCAUUUCUGUCACCUGCAACUUUCAUGAUGCUUUCCUCUGUGGAUCUUGGUGUGCCACCGUGGGAAAUUGUUGCUUUUCUUACAAGUGGUCUGGCACUCUCCAGCUUCGCAUUGUCAGGUCUUUAUUGCACCCAUCAAGAUAUUUCUCGUGAGUAUGCAAGCAUUCUGCUGGGCAUCACAAACACUGUAGGUGCUGUACCUGGAAUAGUUGGCGUUGCACUAACAGGCUAUCUUCUUGAUACAACUCAUUCUUGGAGUAUAUCACUUUUCGCACCUUCGAUAUUUUUUUACCUGACGGGUACUGCUGUCUGGCUAGCAUUUGCCAGCAGUGAGCCUCAGGAGUUUUCGAAGUCAGAACCGGAGUCGUCGUGAGUCAUGACUUGGAUGGCAAAUAGUAUAUACAGUUCCCAGAGGGGAUCAGUUCAGGAAGAAUUUUGUCAGAUGUAGUUUCCCUGGCAAAGCGUUGGAUUUUUGGACAUUGGACAGGAGAAUACAGCUCAUUGGAUAUUGGCAAAUUUUUGGCCAAUUUUAGUUUAGGCUUUUGUGUAGCGAGUGUCAUUUCACGUUCUGACACGAUUUCCUUUUCCAUUACGGGGAGUUGCGUUGUUUUCUGCAGUAGUAUCCCAGGUAACGGUAGAAGAAGUAAAUUUGUUGUAUCAUAUGACAUCUUUGGGUAUAUGUGAUGAUUGAUGGAGUUCAUUACGACGUGAUCCUUGACCAUGUAUUUAGUGAAUUCUUGCCAGUUCGAUAUUAUGGAUAAAGUUAGUGUUUUCGUUUUUUU